ACUAGCGCUGCAUCAUGACUGCAUCAAAGUGAAUGAAAAUCACAAGCAAAAUAGUGAAAAGUCGAAUCAGGUCAUAGGCAGCGAUUAACACAAUGAAAAAAAUUACAUGGUACCUCAAUUCGACGAGUCGCCCAGAGAUCAAAUACGUACUCCAAAAGUAAUUCAAUAUGAAUAACACAAUGAACAUGGUGGAUGCGGAAAAUCGCGUAGUGUUGAACGUGGGAGGAAUUCGACAUGAAACCUACAAAGCUACGCUGAAGAAAAUUCCUGCCACUCGACUUUCUCGACUCACCGAAGCGUUGGCAAAUUACGAUCCCGUUCUUAACGAAUAUUUUUUUGACAGGCAUCCUGGAGUCUUCGCUCAAGUUCUGAAUUAUUACAGGACUGGAAAACUUCACUACCCUUCAGAUGUUUGUGGUCCUCUCUUUGAAGAGGAAUUAGAAUUUUGGGGCCUUGAUGCAAACCAAGUAGAACCCUGUUGUUGGAUGACAUACACCCAACAUAGAGACACCCAAGAAACUUUAGCUGUUUUAGAUAGGUUAGAUUUAGAUACUGAAAAACCGAGCGACGAAGAAAUAGCUAGGAAAUUUGGUUUUGAAGAUGCCUAUUUCAAGGGCAGAUUAUCAUGGUGGCAGUUAAUGAAACCUAAACUAUGGUCUCUAUUUGAUGAACCCUACUCGUCAACAGCGGCAAAAGUAAUAGGAGUUUUGUCAGUAUUUUUUAUCUGCGUGUCUAUUUUAUCGUUUUGCCUGAAAACCCAUCCCGACAUGAAAGUUCCAGUCAUCAGUAGGAUACUUGUGCGGACAGCGAACAAUUCGAGUGAUUAUGUUUUAGACAAAUCGGACACUGAUGCUCACAUAGCAUUUUUUUAUAUCGAGUGCUUUUGUAAUGCCUGGUUUACUUUCGAAAUUUUAAUCAGGUUUAUAGCAAGUCCAAACAAAUGCGACUUUAUCCGAUCGUCAGUUAACAUCAUUGACUACAUAGCAACUGCAAGCUUUUAUAUUGACUUGCUGUUGAGGCGAUUCGCAUCCCAUUUAGAAAAUGCCGACAUCAUGGAGUUCUUCUCUAUAAUCCGAAUUAUGAGGCUCUUCAAACUAACGAGGCAUUCCUCCGGACUGAAGAUUCUAAUACAGACUUUUAGAGCUUCAGCGAAAGAACUCACGCUACUGGUGUUUUUUCUUGUUUUAGGAAUUGUUAUAUUCGCCAGUUUAGUGUACUAUGCCGAAAGGAUACAAACGAACCCGGACAACGACUUUAAAAGCAUCCCUUUAGGACUAUGGUGGGCUCUAGUCACUAUGACUACAGUGGGCUAUGGGGAUAUGGUGCCCAAAACCUACAUUGGGAUGUUUGUGGGUGCCUUAUGUGCCUUGGCAGGUGUACUGACGAUAGCUUUACCAGUACCUGUGAUUGUAUCAAAUUUUGCUAUGUAUUAUAGUCAUACGCAGGCUCGAGCCAAACUACCGAAAAAACGACGUCGUGUUCUCCCAGUAGAGCCUACUAGAGGCCCAAGGAUACCAGGCCCUGUUAUGCCCGGGGCUGCCCCGGGCCUGGGCAAUGCAGCAGGACCGGUGGCAGCCCAAAACCGAAGAGUAAACGCAGUCAAAUCGAAUCAUCCGAGCAGAGAAAACCUGUUGGGCGCCCCUGUACCAAAAAUGGGACUGAUAGGGGUAACGGCCUCCCUCAAUCCAAACGGCGUUGGUCUCGAAUCAAAUCCAGCAUUUUUAAUGGCGAGACCCCAGUGUGACUUGAAAACUACUAUCACACAUCCAGACACCAAAGUAAUUCUCUCUCAGGAAUCAGGAAAGUGUCACACCACAAUGGUGAACUCUUAAAAAUAUGUCCGAACUUAUUGAACUUCGUAUUGUAAUCCUGUCUUUGAUGGCUUCAUUACGUAUCAAAACAAACACACCCGAAGAGUUUGAAAUUUUAUUUUAGAUAAAUAGCUAAUAAAGGAUACGAAAUUAAUUAUCUAAGACAAAAAGGAUAUUUGAACGUUCAUAUUACAAGGCAACGAUACCUGAAGCAUUAAAUAAAGUCCACCUUUACACAUAAAGUACCCACGAGGAAAAUCAUAUUGAAUCCUAGGCACCCAACAAGCCAAUUAUUCAACAGCAGACAUAAUUAAUGUCUGUAUAAAUCUGGAUACAACGCAAUUAUUUCGUACGAAAUAUUUUGUCUAUAAAAUAAUAAAACGGCGGUUGCUGUUACCUGCCGAAUGUCCAUCAGAAAAUAAUUAAUUUCCUUUUUUCUGUUAUUCCAAUACUUGUUAAAUUAAUAAAAGUUUGAAAGUUUUACACACUAUAAAAAUACUCGCGAGUUAGCAAAAAUUAAAAUUAUAAUAAUUAGUUUUGAUAGCGUGACGCGGACCUUGGCGAUGUUCAGAAAAAAAAUAUUUCUAUUUUUUGCCAACGUAUUUAUACUUGAAGCCGCAGCAAUAAAGUUGUAGUAUUUUUAAUACUUCAAGUACAAACAAGUAAUUCUAAUAAAUAAACAUUUGCCGCAUUUUCAGUUAGUAAUGAUUAAACAUUUUUAUUAAUUUAGCUAAUAUUCGAAUAACAGAAUAGAAGAAAGUAAUUGUUUCCUGCUGGACAUUCGGUUAUCAAAUAUUUCAUCCGAAUUAAGUGAAACAAAACAUGUUAAAUUAGCUAAUUUCUAUCAGCUCAGCAUCGGACCAAAAAAUAACUUACUGUAAUUGAAAAACGAAAUUUCAUAAAUAAUACUAAUAAAAUAACUUGCAUGUUUACAUACUACUUGAUUUUUAAGUGAAACACUACCACUGACUGAAUUCAAACUAUUCUUGGCAAAAUACUACUAUAUGGGUUGAGCCACGAUGUAUCGAAAAACAGAAAGUCAGCAGUUCAAUUACCCCUUCAAUGAGGAUUUAUUAGACUGUUAACACAGGGUUGUAAGGACAUUUCUAAAUGAAUGCGGUUGUUUGCAAAAUAUUCCUAGUUUAUAGAACUUGGGUGCAUUAUAAAUAGUGUAUAUUGUUGCCACUGUUUGGACAUUUGUUUGUAAAAUAUGCUUAUACCAUUGUAAUAUACUAUAUUUUACUUUAAUGCAUCUAGAAAAUUAAUGAACUUAGAUAGACAUGAAAUAAGAUUCGCUCAGUAGAUAUAAAUCUGUUGUAAUAUAUCUCCAGUUAUACUAUUUCUUACACUUGCGUAUUAUAAGGGUUAAUUCUGUUUGCAUUAAUAAAAAUUUGCCCUACAAAUUUAAUAUAAUGUAAAUCCAACUAAAAUCUUAUAUCUGGGCUCAAAAAAAUUUUUCAUAUCAACUAUGAUUUAAUCUUAACACAACCCACUGAAAACAUUCUGAGAUUGUAUGAUUUGAAAUCGUUGUUAGUUCAGUUGUUCAACGUAAUUUUCUUACUACUUAAAAGCCUGAAAUUACUUUCUUGUGAUUUUAUUCUAAACUCAAAUAUUAUUGAGUACUUCAAAAAAAGUCCUUUAUUGAGCUACGGUGCUAUAUAAAAACAUUAAGAAAAUCAAAUGUGUACGCACGAAAAAUUCUAAAUUUCUAAACACUGCAUUCAGAAAAAUCAAAUUAUUGAAGCCUAUUUGCAGAAAGCAUUCCAAAUAAAGUGGACACAAUAAUGUGAUUUUAGGCAAAAAUCUGACCAGCCGUACAAGAAAAACACUGAAUAUUUAGAUAAGUAUAUACACAAAUAUGAGGUUGGACCAACUGGUAACUGUAAUUAAAUUACAUACAUUCUAUGUGAUAUUUAAAGUGUGAAAGUUUUCAAGAAACUUUUAUCUUCUAAGAUCAAAUUUAUUGAACGAUUACAUUUUAGAAUAAUUAAAUUCAUUAUAUGCACAAAUUUUAAAAGAAAAAUGUUGUUGAUAAAUUUUAUUCUUGUUCAAAUUGCUUAGGUUUUCAACACGUGAUUAUACUUUAAUAGUCAUUCAAUUUUUUUGGAAGUUUCCUGCUAAAAGCCUUAUCAAGGGACGUUCCAACUUUUUAGACCACUUAAAAUGUUGUUGUUUUCAAUAAUUUGCUGAAACAAUAGGAGUAUCACAACAAUAUCUAAACACCGAUAUAAUAUGGGAAAAUUUUGUAUCUAAAGCGGCCCACUUCAAAGCUGAAUGUACUAUAAAAAUAUGUAGCUACAUAUCUUCUUUAUUAUACAUAGGUAACAAUAAGUUGUACAAUACAAAGCUUGAGUCAUCACACACGUAAGAUCCAUACAGGAAAUAUUUUGCUUCUACGAAAUAACUGUAAAAUACAUUUUUUGAUCCUACUAUAGUGUUAAGACAAAUUUAGACCAACUUUUCUUAACUUAAUAUUGUUCUAGUUGUUACUGAUUUAAUGAUAUUUUCUGAUUGUUAAUGUUAUAAAAAAUUAGGUUUAAUGAUAAUUUGUUUUGUAAAUUGGUAAGUUUGCACCAGCAUUGUUAAAUUCUUCCUCAUCUACUUAGUAUACAGUUGUAUUAAUACAGUUCUAUUAAAUAAACAGAAUUUUCAUAUCUUA